ACAUUCAUCGCGUUUAUAUCGAUAGGACGGGCGGGUUGUGCGCGCGGCAGGAAUUAAAAAAUAUUUUAUAAUAAUAUUUUUGUGACACAAUAAAAAACGAUGCAAAUCGACUACGAAAGAGACAUUUCGUUGAUCAGAGAAUGGCUCGCUAAGGAGGAUUACCUGCCGCAAGACCUUGGUGACAUGCUGUUGAAAAAAUUCAUUCACAGUUGCUACGGAAGUUUGGAAAAAACGAAGCAAUGCAUCGACAAGUUCUGCGUGGGUCGCACCAACACUCCAGAACUGUACACGUUCAGGGACCCUACAGCAAGCAAAUUGAAAACCGCAUUUUCUAUUACGAGUGUCACCACAUACGAAGCCGGUGAAGACGAAAUUGUGAUACAUGAACUCGACGAUCCUAAUUUAGAGAGGUUCGAAUUCUACGAUCUAUUGAAGACAUUCGCGAUGCAAGCAGACUACUGGCUCAACAACAUCCCUCUGUUCCCACGAGGACACAUUGUGUUGAUCGACGCGAAACACUUCUAUUUGAAGAUAGUGUCCCGUGUCAAUAUAUUUUUCUUUAAGCAGUUCUUGGUAUAUUUGCUUGAGGCAAUGCCAGUUCGCAUAAAACAGAUACAUGUUUACAACAGCCCAGCCUACUACGACAAACUGUUCUCACUGGUUAAGCCAGUACUGCCUCAAGAAAUUUGUGAUAUGAUAAAAUUUCAUCUUGAAAUCGAAGGCUUGUACGCGCAUGUUGAUAAAAAGUAUCUCCCCGUAGAGUUGGGAGGAGAAGCUCCCAGUAUGAAGGAUCAACAAAAGAAAUGGGUUAAAAUAAUAACAGAGAGCAGAGACAUGUAUUUGAAUGAUAAUCUGUGGAAAGCUGAUAUGAAGAAGCGUGCGAAGUCGAAAGGAGCCGACACCGCAAUGAAUGGAUCUUUCAGAAGUCUAUCGAUAGAUUAAUAUUUACAGAAUUGCAUACCAAUAACUAUGAUGAGAGAUAAUUUUUAUGUGUAUUAACUAAAGUAAUGUUAAUUAAAGGUAAAUAGUGAUUACUUUUAUGAUAUUUUUCAAAAAAUAAAUAGAUCGGUUUAUUUGUUGUACAUUAGAUCCCACGAAACUGUAAAUCGCAUUUAUAAAUAAAUAAUCAUACAUAUGUAUAUAUUGAUUAAAUUCUGCAGUCGUAAAUAAAUACAAUACACGGCGAUAAAUAUUGCAAAUCGACUUUUAGAAAGAGACAAUCGAUUAACUUCUCGCUUGCACUAGAACAACGUCAAACGUCACACAAGAAGUGUGUGACAGAGAUAGCACUCUACGAAGGCAAAAUUGUGUAACGUUUAUCACCGGAUACUCUAAAAUUUUACACAAAGCUUUUUAUAUUAUAGUACUUGUUAUUUCGUUUCGAAAAAGCUAUUUCGAUGUAUAAACUUGAAAUUGUAUCUUAGCACUAGGUUAAUAUGCGUCAAUACGACAUUUUAACUAAAAUAUAUAUAGCCUUAGAUUUCAAUAAAAAUACAAUACAUAAUUUUAUAGCUUCGCUAUAGUAUCUUGACCAGAAUAAAAACCAACAGAAUA